AUACAACAAAUCAAACGCCUUCAAUCGUUAGGACUCCCCUACGUCAGUGGGUAUCUGAGACCACGUGACCGCGUGUAGUAUCAGAGGCAGUGGAGAAGUAUGGCCGAGCAGGCGGUGACUGCGUCCGGAGGGGUUGUUCACAGCUUGCUGUCUACUGUUGGUGCUCACCGUCUGGUCAGCAGUGUGUGGGGCUACGUGGACAGCACUAUAAGGUGGUGCUGGAUCCCCAACUGGCUGCCACCAUGGUGCCCCACCUCUCAGAUCAAACUACAGACCGCAGAGGACAUGAUGCUGCGAUGUGUACACAACACUUUCUCCAAACAGUACGUCCCCAUCUCCAACGGCAACCACCUAUGGACCCUGAGCUUGAGCAGUGACCAUGUCAAAGACAAAACCCCUUUGGUUCUGCUUCACGGUUUCGGAGGCGGUGUGGGCCUUUGGGCUCAGAACCUGGACGCCCUCUCCCAGCAUCGACCCGUCUGGGCUCUGGACCUGCUCGGUUUCGGACAGAGCAGCAGACCUCUGUUUCCCACAGACGCUCAGGAGGCAGAGGACCAGUUUGUGGAGUCCAUAGAGCAGUGGAGAGUGAAAGUGGGUCUGGAGUCCAUGAUACUGUUGGGACACAACUUGGGAGGAUACCUGGCCGUGUCAUACUCUAUUAAGUACCCAGACAGAGUAAAGCACAUAGUGCUGGUGGAGCCGUGGGGUUUCCCUGAGCGCCCGGACACAGUAGAGGCAGACCGUCCCAUCCCGGUAUGGAUCAAAGCCUUGGGGGCCAUGUUCAGUCCCUUCAACCCUCUGGCUGGCCUGAGGCUGGUCGGACCGCUGGGUCCCACUCUGGUCCAGACUCUGAGACCCGACUUCAAGAGGAAGUUCUCGUCCAUAUUCAACGACAACACUGUGUCAGACUACAUCUACCACCUGAACGUGCAAGCUCCCAGCGGGGAAACGGCUUUUAAGAAUAUGACCAUUCCCUACGGCUGGGCCAAGAGACCGAUGCUGCACAGGAUGGACCACCUUCAGCCUGAGAUCCCCAUCACCAUCAUCUACGGAUCCAGAUCCAGCAUAGACAGCAACUCAGGCAGCUCCAUCAAACAGAUGAGGCCCCACUCUCAUGUGGAGAUCAUAACCAUCCGUGGAGCCGGACACUACGCGUACGCCGACCAGCCCGAGGACUUCAACCACACAGUUUUGCAAGUGUGUGAUAAAGUGGACUGAAGCAGAGACGAGAGCCCGGAUUCUGAAGUGUGGAGAAAAGAAAGGGAGCAGCAAUAACAGACUUCACUUUAUCAGCCCCCCUCCUCCUCAAAGCAGGAGUGUAUGUACAUAAAAAAUAUUUAAAAGGACUUUUUAGUCAUACCGUUGACUCAUGCGUCAUGACAGGCUGCUUAUGUCACCUGAUAUUCUGAGAAACUGUGAAUUCAUCAAGUUUUUUUCCCAGCAUUCCUACCAUUCUGAAAUAACGCCCAUGGGCCUGCAUCACAUGCUUCCUUUACACUGUGCAGCACACACGUACAGUAGGUGGCGCUGCAGCCUCUUGAUCACUUGAUUGAAGCAUUGUCAUAUCAAUGAGACAUUUUGAAACUCAGAUAUUAAGCUGCACACACACAACACACAGCCUCAAUGUUCAGUGAAUGUACAAUAUUUGUCCGUAUGCUCCUCUAAACUAAACACGUUAAAAAUCGUAUUUUUCUAUCAUGUGUGAAUAGACACAAAUUUUUUUAUAAGAAAUAAAUCUAUUUUAGGAGGGUAGUUUCUAAUAUGAUAUGAUAAUAUAUUUAGCCACGCCUUAAACUCUGUCACACUGACAGAAUCAAUGUCAGUGCCUUCAGACAGCUCAGUUACAGUGUCAUGUGUUAGGUGUUUCCUGUACAGUGCCUGACCUGUGGUUUGUGGUUUUUCCAUAUGAUUCUGAUACAGACAGGAAGCGUUCUCUUCAGUACACCACUGCAUCAGCACCAGGAAGCAGCCGUAGACACAGUAUAUCUGCAGCUAAUAAUAAUCUCUUGUAACAUCUGUCCUCUGCACUUGUUUCUUUCUACCUUUUCUUUAAAGAGUCAGUUACUGUGAUCCCAGAUAUACCUUUAACACUGUAUGUAUACUGUUUAGUUCUGGUUUAAAAAUAGCCAUUGUUUUCCCGUGUCACAUUCACACACUCAUGCUUGUGUGACAGUGUGUCAGCAUUUAAAGGUGCAGCAUUAAAUUUCCUGCUGAGCACGGUCCAUCCACACAGAAUUAAUGUGACAAAGUGUGUCUCUGUGACAGAUCUACUGCCACCAGGGUUCUCUCAGCAUAAUGACUCUCAGACUGA